AUGAACAUUGAUCAAAUGAAUAAAGAAUUAGAAUCAUUCAGAUAUCAACUUGAGGAUGCGCUAAACAAUGGGCAAGUUGAGCAAGCAAUCGGAAUUAUGACUGAGCUUCGAAAAAGAAAUGUUGACAUUCCAAUUUCAAUAGAAAUACCUGAUUACCCUGUCAAUAGCAGCCCAUCUUACCAGGAUCCUCCAUAUCAAAAUCUUUCUCAAGCUAGAACCCAACAAUUUGUUAGUCCUCAAAGUUAUAACUCACAGCAACACCAACUAUAUAGCAGUAGUCCCUCAAUGGGCAAUGCUCCAAGCAGAGAAGAAAUUAAAAGUUAUUUGGUAUCAUUUGGCCUAACUCCUAUAGAUGCUCAAAGAAUCUCAAAGCAAGCAAAAACCAUCGAUCAAGCUAUAGAUUUGGCUCAAAAAAUUCCCAAAAAGCAAUAA